AAAACCGCAACCGCUCAGUUCUACGCCCAUGCCUGCCGUGUUCCUAUCGCCAAUUCCAGCUAUAUUGCGCUUAUAGAUCAUAAGAAAUUGUUCAAUCGCGACCAAUUCCUUGGAGGUUUUCUAUAAAGAGGGCGCAGAAACACGCACUUCAAUCUCCCAAUCCUUAGGCAGCAUUCGGGGUGGUUUUUUAGGUUAGAAACGACGGAGAUAUGGAACCGGCUCCCCACCUCAAGAUCAGCAUCCGUGAAAACGAGGUCGAAGAAUGCAUUUUCCAACUGCUUCGACACGUGAGACCGAAGUGGAAAAGCGACGGGAUCAAAACAAAGCUUAUGACAGAUGGCAUAACAAACAAGCUAGUUCUGUGCAGAAACAUCUCAGAAGAUGACGGUAUUGAAGAAAAUGUUCUGGUGAGGAUAUAUGGCCACAAGACUGACCUGCUCAUUGAUAGGAAUGCUGAGAUAAGAAACAUCAAACUACUCCACCAGCACGAGCUAGCUCCAUCCCUGUACGCCACAUUCGAGAAUGGGCUCGUUUAUGAGUUCAUCCCUGGAAGAACUUUAACCCCCGAGGACGUAUUGAAACCGGAAGUAUACAGACUGGUCGCCAGAGAAUUAGCAAGAAUGCACAAAGUCAAGAAUCCAAACCAAAGAAAACCGGAACCUAACUUUUGGUCAAAACUACAUCAGUUUGUGGACUUGAUACCUGAAAAAUUCGAGGAUGAAGCCAAACAAAAAGAAUACGAAAAACAGAAUUUCUCAAAAGAACAGUUACUGCAAGAGAUUAGAGAGUUCAGAGAAGAUGUGAAUGAUUUUGACAUGGAUGUAGUAUUCGCCCACAACGAUCUUCUUUUAGGAAAUGUGAUUUACAACGAGGACAAAAACAAGGUGUUCUUCAUCGAUUUCGAAUAUGCCAGCUACAACUAUCAACCCUAUGAUAUAGCUAACCAUUUCGCCGAAUUUGCUGGUGUGAACGACAUAGACUACAGCAGAUUUCCAUCGAAAGAGCUUCAAAUGGAUUGGUUGAAGACGUAUCUGAUGGAAUACAAGGAAGUUUCUACAGUUAGUGAAAGCGAGAUCGAAAAGCUUUACCUACAAGUGAACAAGUUUGUUCUUGCUGCACACUUGUUAUGGUAUUCUUGGUCUCUGAUCCAAGCCGCUCACUCACACAUCAAUUUUGACUUUGUUGGAUAUUCAACUGUACGCCUUGAAGAUUACUUGAAGAGGAAACCAGAAUUGAAAGCUAUUAAGUUAUCUACAUCACUAUGACGAUAUCUGUGAUUCCCAAAUGGAUAUUUUUGCAUCAACUGAUCCAUUCACGAAACUCUAAGAUUGUAUACCUGAUUUAUUUGCUGUAUAAAUUGUUAUUGUUGAAUAAUUUUU